AUGCAAGCAGCAGACAACCACAAACACACCCUGCAGCAGCAGCAGCAGCAGCAGCAGCAGCAGCAGCAGCAACAGCAGCAGCAACUGCAUGCAUUGCUGCGGCAGCAGCAGCUCGGGCGAGCACUGCAAGCAGCAGCAGCAGCACAGCGCACCAGACAUUGCAGCAGCAGCAGCAGCAGCAGCAGCAGCAGCAGCAACACCACUACAGCAGCAGCAGCAGCAAAGUUAGCAGCAGCGGAACCAAACACUGCUGUCAGCAGCGGCGCCUCUAUGCAGCAGCAGCAGCAGCACCACCGCCAGCAACACCAGCAGCAGCAGCAGCAACACCACCAACAGCAGCAGCAGCAGCAACAGCAGCAGCAGCAGCAGCAGCAGCAGCAGCAGCAGCAAGUUUGA